AUGGAUUCUUAUUCUGGAACUUCUGAAUCCGGAUUUCUGCAAUUGAUGGUCGGUACUGCAGGACUUGCCAAAAGAAUAUCAACUGAAAAAUCUGGAUCCACUGGAAACUUUAUGGAUUUCUUCGAAGGUCUUACAUAUGAGCAUGUGAAUUUCAUCUUCGCAGAUCCUUCGUAUGCUCAGGAGAGUGCAUACCCUUCAAUGAAUACCAGUUUGUACAAAUUCGGGUUAUCUGAACCUGGGAGUUUCUCGUACUAUGAUUAUGGUCAUGCUUAUGUGGUAAAUGAUCAUGCACGGGGAGUUGAUGAAUAUAGUAGGGAGAGCACUCCAAUACUGGUUGAUCAGCAGACUGCAGCUUUACAUGCACAAUGUGAGGGAAAUUCUAGUGCGACUUCACAUGCGAAUCCUGUGGAAUGUAAGUUCUGA